CAUACUUUUCGACGAUGGCUGAGGAAGUUGUAGCGUUGCUUUCGUUUUCUCGUAAAAAACAAUGAACUUUUUAGCAAAAUUAAAAUGGAUAUUUAGCUAUCGUGAUAAAUGAAAGUUAUAUAUUUUUGUAAAAAUGGCUGUUUGUGGUUUAAGAACUCUGCUGCUCGUAGUGUGCAUUCUGGAAUUGAUAAUCACAAUUCAGAGACAAGUUUUUGAUUUCCUGGGAUAUAUGUGGUUACCUAUAAUUGCAAACUUUGUUAAUAUUCUUUUAAUAAUAUUUGGCUCUUUUGGUGCAGUACAAAAUAUAACAAAAUAUCUUUUAGCUUAUGCAUUAUGGAGUUUUAUGUGGCUAACCUGGAAUCUAUUUUUGAUAUGUUAUUACCUUAAUCUUGGGUUCCUUAACAGGGAAAGUGGUUUGCUUUCCCUAGGAACGGGGAGUGUGAGUUGGUGGGAGGGGAAUGGUUGGGGUUGUCAGCCAAUUUGGGGAGAAGCUGAUGGCCCUGGAACAUGGAGGCCAGCUCGGGUUGAUGGCUGCUUCUUUCAGUGGCAUUUUGUCGAGUUGGGCCAAUCUGCAAUAGCCACAGUUCUUACUGCCACAGCCUUGCCGUUAACUAUACUGUUAGCAUAUAAGUCAUUUAAGAAAUGCAAGAUAGUAUCAGAUAAAAGCACAUUAUCUCGCCGUCAAGUUUAUACCAUAGAACUAAGUCCCACCGAAACAAACGUAAGUGAAAGCUCCUUAAAACCUAUGACUCCUCGUCGAGUUAAACGCCGCUCCGGUUCCCGAGGCGCCGGUUCUUCCGUGCGACGGUCUCGGCGCUCAUAUCGGAACGCGGGCUACCUGGCGUCCAACGCGUCACUACCGCGGGACUCCAGACCAUCAAGGCCGACCUCAGCACACUCAUCUUACUCAAACUUCCACGCUGCUCGGCCGUUGUCGUAUCACGCACCUGAUCGAGAGAUGUCCCGUUCCCAGGAAGUUUACGAACUUCCUCCACCGCCGGUCGAUUCGAUACCGAUAAUCACGAACAGAUCCGAUACAAUAAGGCGAAGUAAGAUCGCGAGUCGUGACGUUGUCGGGCCGUAUAAUGAACCGGGUCGAUACGAUCCGCCGAGGACUUUCGAGGCGUCACCCUCGUAUGAUAACCUCGGUCGCGGUUACGAGAGCGGUCCGAACUAUGAGAAUAGGGAGGCGCUGAUAGGGUGUGAGUCGCCGGCGUACACCGGUGGGCAUGGGUAUAGCGACUGGGAGCCGCCGCAAGGAUCCCGCGCCACACCGCAGGCGCCCGGCCCGCCAGCUUAUCAACCUGCUGGCGACAACUACAAUGUCGUCCCAUAACGCGAGUCAUGGGGUAUUUGGACUGUUUUUAAAAAUAUGUGUUAUUUCACCUAACUUGAAAAUAAAUUUGAUGAGCUAAGUUAAAGUGAUCACAAUCGCCAUUGUUUGUUGACUCUCUGUUUACGUCACAAAACGAAUAUAAAAAUAAAAAUAAGACGUCUUGUGACGUCACAAUAUUGUUAAUAAUGUGGUAUUGCUAUUGUUAGAAAAUAACUAUCACUAGGGAGAUUAUAAUAGUUCAUGACAACGAAGUUGGGUGUGGGUCAAACAACCUGUCAGUUAUUUAUUUAUUUGAAAUAUAAACAAUAUUGAAAAUGGCGAGAAGAUUACCAUAUUGUUAGCUUUAAAUUAACCAAUGAAUUUGAGACAAACAAAAAAGCAGUCAAAUACCCUAUUUCCGUGA